UUUAACGAUACUGAUGCGUACCCCGCUCUGAUCCCACGGAAGGACUUUCUUUGCAAUUUGCAGUUGCUGCUAGUGAAAAGGUCUGCGAGUUUGUUCUUCCUAAUAGAAUUCAAAUCCUGUAGAUCUUAGUUAACUUUAGCAACUUCAUUUGAUUUUAAGCUACUGUUCUCUCGCAAAAAAAUAAGCAUCCGGAUCAUUCACAACAGUGUGGAUAUUUGUGAUCUGACGAGGAGCAUCUGAUCUGCUUAUGAGCGGGGAUACUACAAAGGAUACCGCUGACAAAAAGAACGAAAAGACUUGUUUUGAGUGUGCAGAAGAGGCUGCAGCCUUGUUGAACUGCGUUACCGACAAGAAAUAUAAUGAAAUGCGUUGCCUUCCACUCCUGAAAAAGCUGCGUGCUUGCGUCGAGAAAAAGAACGUGGUGGACUUCAAGCUGCUGCCAGACAAGGAGGCGUGCUAGGUCCAUCGUCAGCCUCACGCUUAUGUCCACGCAGACAGGCUGAGAUAGCAGCAAGACAGAGCAGCUGGCAUGUCGUGGAUAUGGGAGAAGAGCGCCACCUGGCGGAAGCUGGUUGCGGUCACCAAGCAGUCUCCGGUGGCUAUGGCAACUUUCACUGUGGCCAUGUUUGUGGUCCCAUACGCGCUGGGCAAGGUGGUCAUGUCAGGCACCAACCCUCAGGCAGAGAGUGAUCUGGAACGCCAACUACGCAGCAGAGCCACCCUUGAACACAAGAUGCUGGCAAAAGCAAACAGGGAGAGGCUUGCAGUGCUGCUGAGCGAGACAGAAAAGGGCGAUGCCGGCAGCACCCGCUAUGCUGCAGCCCUCAGAGGGCAGUCGUUGGGCACUCACAGCCGGGGGACCACCACAGGGGCGCAGGGUAUAAAGGAGAGUGGCAAAUCACCAAGCAGUUGAAGCUCUCACGCGUCCAUCUAUCUUAUCAUGCAUGCUUGUCUACGAAAGGUUUUGUGGAAAUCAGAGAAUGUGAAGCAGAUGCAUUGCGUGAAACGCAUGGGACUGACAGCCGAAUGUAUGUGUCCAAUGAGAUCAUUUUUGGAGCCACUGUGGUUGUAUCAGAAGGGAUAGAGUUGCAUGGUGUGCCCUUAGCCUUGUACUGGCAGCGUCACUGACGUGGCACGCGACAGCUAAACAGCUUGCCAAGAGGAGCUUGGAUUUUAACAUGCUGUUUCCUUUGAAAUCUUCUGUAAAUCUUUGAGACUG